GCCGCUCGCUCGCUGCUCUGCUCGCUCGUUCUCCUCCCAGUUCCCACCCCAACCAUCUCCAUCUCCUCCUUCUUCCUCCUCUCCCACCCCCGCCCCCCGACCCUGGAUCCAAAUCCCGACCCGCCCCAGAACCGGAACCGAGGCAAGCAAAAGCUUCGCGCAAUUAUUGGCCAGAGAUAGAUAGAGAGGCGAGGUAGCUCGCGGAUCAUGAAGCGGGAGUACCAGGACGCCGGAGGGAGCGGCGGCGGCGGUGGCGGCAUGGGCUCGUCCGAGGACAAGAUGAUGGUGUCGGCGGCGGCGGGGGAGGGGGAGGAGGUGGACGAGCUGCUGGCGGCGCUCGGGUACAAGGUGCGCGCCUCCGACAUGGCGGACGUGGCGCAGAAGCUGGAGCAGCUCGAGAUGGCCAUGGGGAUGGGCGGCGUGGGCGCCGGCGCCGCCCCCGACGACAGCUUCGCCACCCACCUCGCCACGGACACCGUGCACUACAACCCCACCGACCUGUCGUCUUGGGUCGAGAGCAUGCUGUCGGAGCUCAACGCGCCGCCGCCGCCCCUCCCGCCCGCCCCGCAGCUCAACGCCUCCACCUCCUCCACCGUCACGGGCAGCGGCGGCUACUUCGAUCUCCCGCCCUCCGUCGACUCCUCCAGCAGCAUCUACGCGCUGCGGCCGAUCCCCUCCCCGGCCGGCGCCGUCGCGCCGGCCGACCUGUCCGCCGACUCCGUGCGGGAUCCCAAGCGGAUGCGCACUGGCGGGAGCAGCACCUCGUCGUCAUCCUCCUCCUCGUCGUCUCUCGGUGGGGGCGCCAGGAGCUCUGUGGUGGAGGCUGCCCCGCCGGUCGCGGCCGCGGCCAACGCGACGCCCGCGCUGCCGGUCGUCGUGGUCGACACGCAGGAGGCCGGGAUUCGGCUGGUGCACGCGCUGCUGGCGUGCGCGGAGGCCGUGCAGCAGGAGAACCUCUCCGCCGCGGAGGCGCUGGUGAAGCAGAUACCCUUGCUGGCCGCGUCCCAGGGCGGCGCGAUGCGCAAGGUCGCCGCCUACUUCGGCGAGGCCCUCGCCCGCCGCGUCUUCCGCUUCCGCCCGCAGCCGGACAGCUCCCUCCUCGACGCCGCCUUCGCCGACCUCCUCCACGCGCACUUCUACGAGUCCUGCCCCUACCUCAAGUUCGCGCACUUCACCGCCAACCAGGCCAUCCUGGAGGCGUUCGCCGGCUGCCGCCGCGUGCACGUCGUCGACUUCGGCAUCAAGCAGGGGAUGCAGUGGCCCGCACUUCUCCAGGCCCUCGCCCUCCGUCCCGGCGGCCCUCCCUCGUUCCGCCUCACCGGCGUCGGCCCCCCGCAGCCGGACGAGACCGACGCCCUGCAGCAGGUGGGCUGGAAGCUCGCCCAGUUCGCGCACACCAUCCGCGUCGACUUCCAGUACCGCGGCCUCGUCGCCGCCACGCUCGCGGACCUGGAGCCGUUCAUGCUGCAGCCGGAGGGCGAGGAGGACCCGAACGAGGAGCCCGAGGUAAUCGCCGUCAACUCAGUCUUCGAGAUGCACCGGCUGCUCGCGCAGCCCGGCGCCCUGGAGAAGGUCCUGGGCACCGUGCGCGCCGUGCGGCCCAGGAUCGUCACCGUGGUGGAGCAGGAGGCGAAUCACAACUCCGGCACAUUCCUGGACCGCUUCACCGAGUCUCUGCACUACUACUCCACCAUGUUCGAUUCCCUCGAGGGCGGCAGCUCCGGCGGCGGCCCAUCCGAAGUCUCAUCGGGGGCUGCUGCUGCUCCUGCCGCCGCCGGCACGGACCAGGUCAUGUCCGAGGUGUACCUCGGCCGGCAGAUCUGCAACGUGGUGGCCUGCGAGGGGGCGGAGCGCACAGAGCGCCACGAGACGCUGGGCCAGUGGCGGAACCGGCUGGGCAACGCCGGGUUCGAGACCGUCCACCUGGGCUCCAAUGCCUACAAGCAGGCGAGCACGCUGCUGGCGCUCUUCGCCGGCGGCGACGGCUACAAGGUGGAGGAGAAGGAAGGCUGCCUGACGCUGGGGUGGCACACGCGCCCGCUGAUCGCCACCUCGGCAUGGCGCCUGGCCGGGCCGUGAUCUCGCGAGUUUUGAACGCUGUAAGUACACAUCGUGAGCAUGGAGGACAACACAGCCCCGGCGGCCGCCCCGGCUCUCCGGCGAACGCACGCACGCACGCACUUGAAGAAGAAGCAGCUAAAUGUCAUGUCAGUGAGCGCUGAAUUGCAGCGACCGGCUACGAUCGAUCGGGCUACGGGUGGUUCCGUCCGUCCGGCGUGAAGAGGUGGAUGGACGACGAACUCCGAGCCGACCACCACCGGCAUGUAGUAAUGUAAUCCCUUCUUCGUUCCCAGUUCUCCACCGCCUCCAUGAUCACCCGUAAAACUCCUAAGCCCUAUUAUUACUACUAUUAUGUUUAAAUGUCUAUUAUUGCUAUGUGUAAUUCCUCCAACCGCUCAUAUCAAAAUAAGCACGGGCCGGACUUUGUUAGCAGCUCCAAUGAGAAUGAAAUGAAUUUUGUACGCAA